AUGGGAACUACUUAUGACUAUACAUAUGAAUAUGAAGUAACAGAUAAAAAUAGACAUCAUCGUACUACUGGUGGAAAUGCUGAACAUUAUACUCAACGAGCAGUUGGACAUCAACCGCAUUAUGGAGUAUCUCUUCCACAUGCAAGUCGUACAGAUAUGAUGGAUUCAUUAGCCAAUUUACAACAUGAUCGUAUAUGGCACAAACUUUAUGAUCCACUUGAUAUGCAUAAAGCAACACAUGAAACUGAAAUUCAGAUACAAAUAGUACAAAUAAAACAAUAUGAUAAAAUUUGA